AUGAGUUCAGCUGCAGAGGUUUCUGGAUCAUCUCAUAACAGACAAGAGCAUCCAUCUCUUGCUCACAAACGUCAUCGCUCAUCAUCAGUGGGCGAAAUUAAUGUUGGAGACACGUCGGCAUCGUUAUCAACCAUGCCCACCAGCAGCGCAUCAAGAAGAAGAUCCGAUGCUCGUUUGAUGCAGUUACUGAGUGGAAACAAUCUGGAUUUUGCUUUGGCAAAGAAAUUGCUUGUUGGAUUCAGAGAAUUGACUUAUAGACAAACAUGGAUCUUACCUUUAAUUGUGUUGGUUGCUUCUUUUUUCACAUACUAUUUGUCAUCACCAUCAGGCAAAGUACACAAGUUUAUGGAGGAUAUGAUGAUCCCAUCAUACCACAUUGAGGGCACUGACCAGUACGGGAAAGGUGCCAACGAUUUCAAGUUUGUUGGGUUUUAUGCCAUCUUUUUCACAUUCUUGAGAGAAUUUAUGAUGUGUUGUAUUUUGAAACCAAUUAGUAUAUUUUUGGGCAUUAAGAAAGAAGCUAAGCAAAAGAGAUUUAUGGAACAAACAUAUGCAAUGUUUUACUAUGGUAUAAGUGGUCCUUUUGGAUUGUGGAUCAUGUCCAAAACACCAUUAUGGUUCUUUGAAACGACUCCAUUCUACCUCGAAUACCCACACAAGACCCACGAAAUCUUUUUCAAAGUCUUUUACCUUGGUCAAGCUGCAUUUUGGGUGCAACAGUCCGUUGUAUUAAUCUUGCAAUUGGAGAAACCAAGAAAGGACUUUAAGGAAUUGGUCUUGCACCACAUCAUCACCAUUGCUUUAAUCUGGUGUUCCUACAGAUUCCAUUUCACUUGGAUGGGUAUUGCGGUUUUUAUCACCAUGGAUGUUUCUGACUUUUUUUUGGCAAUAUCAAAGACUUUAAACUAUUUGGAUUCAAGCUUAACUGGCCCAUUUUUUGUUUUGUUUAUUGGUGUAUGGAUAUACUUGAGACACUAUAUCAACCUCAGAAUCUUGUGGUCCGUUUUGACCGAGUUUAGAACCGUUGGUGAAUGGGAACUUAAUUGGGAGACUCAACAAUACAAAUGCUACAUCUCACAACCAAUUACAUUCUUUUUGAUCUUUGCCUUGCAAUUGGUCAAUAUCUACUGGUUGAUUUUGAUUCUUAGAAUCUUGUAUAGAUAUAUUUUCUCAGGUGACAAAAAAGAUGAAAGAAGUGACGAUGAAGAAGAAGAGGAAGAAGUGGUUGAAGCUGAAAAGAAGCAACAAUAG